AUGAUGUCGACUGAAGGAUGCCAGAAUAAAGAAGUGCAAGAGUUUAUGUGCCGUAUAAAGGAACUGAACACCAGAAGAUUGUCCGGCCAGUCUGACUCCGAUGAUAUGAAAAACACAACGGACACUUUUCGUUGGCUUCGAAACAACUCGCCCUUUCUUGAUGAUAUUGAUAAAUGCCGAUUGUUGGAUUCUGGACUGAUUGAAAUCUGUUCAUGGUACUGCAACACUUAUUUUGCCAAUGAGUCCCUAAGCUGUAGUAUAUUGCUACAGUUUUUGGCCAACUUCUCUGUGGGCCAUGAGAGUGCUCAGCGGCAGAUAUUUGAUGGUUUCUGUAGCACGUUGAGACAUUUUAUUGUAUCUUCUCAGGAUUCCAAGCUAUUAAAUAAUUCAAUGAUGCUGCUGUAUAAUCUGUGUUUGUGUGAUGUAAACUUCAGAGAAAAGAUCUUAAAAGAUGCAAAUAUAGUUCAACAGAUUAUGACACAUUGGACUCUAAAAGAAUUGGAAUAUAGUAUAAUAUUUCUAGAUUCAAUCUUUUCAAAUUCAAAAGAUUUCUUAUUGGUCUUUACAAAUCUGCCUGACUGUUCUAAAGAUGAAUUAAUGAACAUUAUCUCCAUUUGGCUUGACAAUUAUAACAAAGAAGUAUCUUUAGAUGUCAUUGUUGUAAUAAGAAAUAAUUUUUUUAUCGAUUGUCCCAUAGAAAAAAUAACGAGACAUGUAGUGAAUGUUCUUGCUAAGGCUUCAAAUAUAGAAAAAUUCAAUUCUGAAGUAAAAAGUCACACUACUCUAUUAAAAAAAAUUAUGGAUUUGUUGGUAUUCAUACAUAAGUGUGCCAAGGAUAAUGAUGAUUCAAAUGACUUUAGUCGUGUGAAAGAUCUAUCAGCUUUAUUUAAUUCAGAUGUACAAACUCACAAUAGAUUUUGGUUCAAAUCAGAUCUAAUACGAUUGAUUGCAAAUAUGUGUUAUAACAACCAAGAACAUCAAAACCUAAUGCGUUCUGAUAAUAUUAUUCCCAUACUGUUGGAGUGUUGUGCAUUUGAUGCCAAAAAUCCCUUGAUGCGUGAAUGGAGCUUAUUUGCACUAAGAAAUAUUUUGGAAGGAAAUCUGGAUAACCAAAAUUUUGUGGCUAAUAUAGAUUCUAUUGGAUCCAUUGACCCUGAAUCAUCAGUUAAACUAACCAAUACACUUAAAAUGGCUUCAAUUAAGAAUUCUAUUUCAGAUAGCGAUACUAUGUUCAUCUAAGUUAAAUAAUUAUUUUUAUUUCUUAUUUUUACUUACCUUUAUUUUAUAACCAACGUUAAUGAUAAUAAUUCAUAUACCUCUGUAAAUUUAUGAAGUAUUAUAAUAAAAUGUUAUAAUCUAAGGAUUUAUAGAAGGAAAUAAAAGGAGUUUUUGCAAUGGUUAAAAAACAAAAGUCUAAGGUGAAUAAUUAUAUUAUUUUUUUAUGGAAUAAACUAAAUAGAAUCAUUUUAUAAUUUUGUAAAUUUUCCGCCCAUAUGAAAAUGUUUGCCCCUAGGCACAAAAUAACUUAUGGCUCUGACUUCGUGUAGUUAUUGAAAACAACUAUAACAGUAAACUAUUGUAUUAUUUAUUAAUUGAUUAACUAUGUUGGGAAAUGUU